CAUUUCAAUUAUUCCACAGCCCAAAUUAAAAACCUACAACCCUAUCCAAAUUCAACACACAUCAAAAUCUAUUUUGUCACUGAAAAAUGGUUGAUUUGCAUUGGAAAACAAACAUGGUCAACUCCGACAUGUCAUCAAAUCCUCCAAAACUUUCGAACCCCUCACAGUCACCGCGCGGUCCCUCUCUGCAUGUUCCCUUCCCCACCACAACAGACUUCUCCCCCGCACCUCCUCCGCUCUGUGCCGCCUACGACCACUACCUCCGCCUCCCGGACCUCCGAAAACUGUGGUCCCACAGAGACUUCCCAACCUGGAACAACGAGCCAAUCCUAAAACCCGCGUUGCAAGCUCUUGAAAUCUCGUUCCGGUUCCUCUCCACUGUGUCAUCGGAUCCAAGACCUUACGCGAACCGAAGAGAAUGGAACCGUAAGAUUGAGUCACUCGCCACGUGUCAGAUCGAGAUCAUAUCUAUUCUCUGCGAGGACGAAGAACAAGACACGGAAACACGUGGCACUGCACCAACCGCUAAUCUCGCAGAAUCCGGUAACAGAAUUAGUUACAGCGAGUCCAGCCUGCUUCCGAGACUCGCCACGUGGCGGAGAUCGAAGGACGCAGCUCAGAGGAUCCUCCUCACCGUGGAGUGCCAGAUGACAAGGUGUCCGUACACUUUGGGCCUAGGUGAGCCCAAUCUCUCGGGAAAGCCCAGUCUCCUUUACGAUGCGGUUUGCAGGCCCAGAGAACUCCACACGCUCCAGGCGACGCCGUUGGAGGGGAACUACGAGAACGUGAACGUUCAUGCGGCGCACCAGAUCUUGGAAUCGUGGAUCCGCGUAAUGCAGAAGCUUCUAGAACGAAUCGCUGGAUCAAUCGAAGGGAGGAAGUUCGAGAAGGCCGCGAGUGAUCUCGACGCGGUGGAGCGGAUCUGGAAGCUUCUGGAAGAAGUUAUGGAUGUUCACAUGGCAAUGGAUCCUAACGAUUUCUUGAAACUGAUGAAGAGCCAGCUGGCAAUGAGGUCGUUGAAAAACGGUUGCAUAGGCGAAACGGUGCCGUUUUGUUUCCGGUCGAGGGAGUUGGUUGAGGUGGCGAGGAUGUGUAAGGAGCUGAGGGAGAAGGUGCCGGAAGUAGUGGGAGCGGAGGUGGAUCCAACGGGAGGGCCGAGGAUUCAGGAGGCAGCGAUGAGGCUUUACGCGGCGGCGGCGGAGGAGGAGAGGGAGAAGGUGGAGGUGCUGCAAGGGAUGCAGGCGGUGGAGAAGGCUAUGAAGGGGUUCUUUUAUGGAUACAAGCAGAUGGUGGCGGCGGUUAUGGGGAACGUGGAGGCGACUGGGAACCGAGUUGGGAUGGGUUGCGAGGGUGGUGACUCACUGACUCAGAUAUUUAUGGAGCCUACUUAUUUUCCAAGCUUGGACGCUGCCAAAACUUUCUUAGGGUACUUUUGGGAUAACAAUACUAACAACAAUAAUAACGAUCAUGGUAAACGUGUUAAUAGUUUUGUUGCUGAUAGAAGGAUUCGAUGUUAGAGAAACACUAGCCACGGGUGAUGAUUGAUGAAGAACAAGGUGGUGAAAUUCAUUGGGUAACAGUUCAAUUUUAGAUCAAUAGUGAUACAUGAAGCUUAGGGAACGGGAAAAAAGAGAAGAAAUUAUUUAUAGUUUUACUUAAAGUUUGAUAGAAAGAGGAGUGAGUACAAUUUUGUAACGGGUUGUUGUACACUUGUAUAAUUAUAUGUUCUGCCAAUCUUUGUAUAAUAAAGACAUUUUUUUUUAAGAAUGUGUCCAUAUUUUGUUCA